AUGGAGGCUGGACCGCGGGGAGCCCAGAAACUUCCAGAGCCCCGGGAAGGAGCCCAGCCACGAGCCGGGGCCGGGGGCCUGCGAAGGCCCCGAAGUGAGGCGGCCGCGCGGAGGCCGAGCGGGUUGAGGCGGAGAGGAGGAGCGAGGGGAGAGGAAGGCCGGGCUGCCGGCCCGCUCCGCGCCUCCCCCGGCCGGGCUGGGCUCCCGCGGCCGCCGGGAAGCAGGGAGCGCGCGGGGCGGACGCAGGGAGAAGUGAGCAGUUGUUUUCCCUGGCUGCGGCGCGGCGGCGGCGGCGAAGGGGGGCUGGGACGCUGGCCCCGGGCCAGGGAGACAGUUUUUUUUUUUUUUUUUUUUCCCAGUUUCAAGCGUCGCCGCUGCCGCCCGGAGGAGCGAGGGCGUGCGGGCGGGCGGAGGCCGGGGUGGGUGGGGGGCGGUCCCCACCCCAGAUGCCCGCCCCGCCGGAACCCGCCGCCGCCGCCGCGCUGGGCGCCUGCCAGAGGGCCCUCACCUGGGCCGCCGGAUUCCUCCGGGCGGGGCGGCGAGGCCGCGUCAGAGCGGGAAACCGAGGCUGGGGGAGGAAUUCGGGGCCCGGCCGGGUCACGCGGCCGCCGGGGCGGCCAGGUGGGGCUGGAACCCAGGCCUCUCAGCCCUUUCCCAGCCUCCCUUGCGCACGUGGGGGGCUCACCACCCCAGAGUCACUUCUCAUUAGUGCCGCUCCACUCGCCUCCGAGGAGGGGGCUCCAGGAGAGGGCACCCUUGGGCCAGGGGCUCCGAGAGCCGGAAGAGGGGCCGAAAGAACGAAGCUGGAGGCCCGGCUUCCCUGCCAACACCACCCCGCCCCCCCCCCCCCCCCGAAUGGCUUCCUGGUGCCCACCCUGCCCCCACCCCCUUCGCCUUGUCUGGCCGGGCUGGCGGGGCUGGCUCUGGGCCUCAGACACUCUGGAAUCGCCAAGGUCUGAGCUCAGGGCCUGGCCCCCUUCCCAGGCUAACAGCCGGGAGGAGGGGGGUGCUGCUUGAGGGCCCAGGGGGCUGGGGAGGGGCACAGCAGGGCCCCAGGGCAGGGGUUGGCAGGGGCUGGGGAGGGGCCUUGGGUUUGGUAAAGCUUCAGAGGAGCCAGGCCUGUCCACUGGUCUGGAAAGGAGAAGCCCUGGAGGCCUGCUGUGUCCUGGGGCCCCAACUGUGCCGACAGGGCCCGGCCAGGAGACCCCAGGAUUCAGUGUCUGACUCACAGAACUCAGCAGGGGGUGGGUGUGACCAGGGUGUCCUGAGCAGCUCACUGCCAGGUCAGAGCAGCACCAAACCCUCUCCUGUUGGGCCCUGGGGGUGGCAGUCUGACCGGGGGAGGGGGUUCAGGGACUUGCCUUUAGGAACACCUGUCCAAGGAACUCACGGUUUUUUACUGUGAGGGUGGAUUUAUUUGGAUAGCUUUGGAGGGACUGAGGGAAACCCUUAAGUGGAGCCCCUGCCUGAAGUGCCCGGUGGGCUCUGACCUGUUCAUACAGCCUGGUGUUGCAGGGACGGGAUGAGGCCGUGUCCUCAAGGGAUCCCUACUGCUGGAGUCCCAAAGUGGAUACGAGAGACAGCCCCACCCUCCCUUGGGGCUCAGAUCACACACUGAGGCAGGGAAUAAGUGAGCGCUUCACCUGCCAGGUUCAGGGCUGAGCGGUCCGUAGUCAUUUUUUCCUCCUACUCAUUUGAACCCGACCCUCCUCUGUUGAGAACAGGCUGUGGCUCCUCUUGGAACACAGCACAAACAGACCAGGGUUAGAGUCUUAAUCUCUCCAAGCCCCAGUUUUCUCACCUGCGAAAUGGGGCUCUGUUCAUUCAACCAACCGAGAAUCCACCAGGUACCAAGCUCUUGCUAAGGUAUAGGACCCAUCCCUGCCUCACCUGGAGCCUCUGUAGAGGAGGAGACUGACAGGCGACAAGUCAAUUCACACGUGACUGUGGCUACAAUAGAGGCCUGCCGCUGCUGUGGUGGGACCUGGAGGUCCAGGAAGCCCCUCUGACAAAGGGACUUCUAAGCCGAAAGCUGGAAGAGGAACAGGAGUUCAUGGGGUGGGACUGUAUCAGGGCAAGAGGGGAUGUUGCUGCCAUCACUGCAGAAGAGAUGCUACAUCCUGGGCACAGUGGAGAUGUAUUUGGGAGGUGGAAUCUAGACACUGGAAUCACAGCUGUGCAUCAUAGACCACACUUGGUACCAUGUGAACCUGACCUCCAAAUGAGGCAGUCAAGGGUGGCUGUUAUUGAGUUGUGCGAGUAUAUGUGCCACCAUGGUGUUUGCUGCCACUGAGGAAUGGCCUAACUACUGCCAUGUCAGCAGUGCCACAGUGAGAGACAGAGCAUGAGCGGGGGAGGAUAGAGAGAGAGGGAGAGACAGAAUCGGAAGCAGGCUCCAGGCCCUGAGCCGUCAGCACAGAGCCCAACGCGGGGCUCGAACUCACGGACCGCGCGAUCAUGACCUGAGCCGAAGUCGGACACUUAACUGAUUGAGCCACCCAGGCGCCCCAGAAAGUCGGAUAAAUUUGAAGUCAUCCUGUUUUCAAGAAAGAGGCAAGUUAACAUUUAACUUCCACACAAGUCGUGCAGUCUCGAGGAUGCACAUGGUGCUUCUGGGAAGAAACCUAACCCCCCCCACCCCCCCCACCCCCGCCAAGUGGGACCUGCAUCAAUUGGGGGCACAACUUACAGCGCCUCCAAUGUGGCUUCUCCACGCGCUAGUCGCCUUAGAGUGCCCAGUCCAAGUCAAAUAAUGGAGUCUAGUCUUUGUUUUCGGAGGGACUGAUUGAGGGCCCAACCUCUCUGGGUUGUCCUUGCCACCAGCCAGAUGGCAUUCAUCUACCCCAGGGAAUGUCUGAGUGAUGACGGCUACAGGCUUGGGGAUGAGGAAGACACCUGGAGGUGCUGGUGUUGGCAGGUGUUUUAUGUGGGAAGCAGAGGAGCCAAGGCCACCCUCUGCUGCUCCCGGCCUCUCAGCUCAAGCGGAAUGACAAUCAAAGCAAGGUCAGAGCUGUCGAGUGGAUGAUAACAGACCCAGCAGGCAGUUAAGUUUAAGGCACUCGUGACAGUUUGCGUGCAUUGGACCAGGAUGUUUUCCUUAGUAAGGGAGGCUCCAGGUGCCUUCGAAAGGCAAAGAUCACUAAUGUCUCUCUCUCCCUCAUGGCUCCUGUGUUUGAAGUGCUCCCUCCGAGCUGCCCAGGCGGUUGUUUCACUUCCAUUGUUACAAGAUCAAUCUGUUCUGUUCCAGUAGCCAGAAUGUCACCUUUUUCCAAUCAUUCCCUACUGACGUCUUUCAUCUGGGAGGGUCUGGUGCAAGAAGGACAAGGACAUUUAAAAAAAAAUUUUUUUUAACGUUUUUAUUUUUGAGAAGUGAGAGAGCAUGAGCAGGGGAGGAGAGAGAGAGAGGGAGGCACAGAAUCUGAAGCAGGCUCCAACCUCUGAGCUGUCAGCACAGAGUCCGACGUGGGGUUCAAACUGACAGACCAUGAGAUCAUGACCUGAGCCGAAGUUGGAUGCUUAACUGACUGAGUCACCCAGCCGCCCCUGACAAGGACAUUUUUAUAAAACUUACAGGGACUCAUUAGGUCCCCCAGUCUACAUUUGGGCCACUUCUGAGGACUCAAAGAGAGAACACUCCAGUUGUUUUCACGAUCCAGGACCACAUCUGUCCAACAAGAGAACCUAGAUGGUUGAACCACAAUUCAGUGUAAAUCUCGUAGGUCCCCUUUGAGCUGCCACCGAAGAAAUGCAGCAACCAGGCUGGGGCUAGUGUUAGGGGAAACAAAGAAUCAUGUAUUUUUUUGUUUUCUAGAGAUUUUACACCAAACAUGGGGCUCGAACUCACAACCCUGAGAUCAAGAGUCGCCCGCUGUACCAACUGAGCCAGCCAGGUGCCCCAGUGACUUUUUAAAACUGGUCUAUCUAAAUCCCACCCCUCUCAUCCUGAUCAUUACAAAGGACAUAGCCAAGAGGAGAUGGUCCCAUCCUGGGGACAGCCACAUUCAGUGACUGAACUGCUGUACUGAGUUGUGUGGACCGGGGGGAGGGCCAGAAAUAUUUUUGAGCUUAUUAUUUCUUUAAGUAAACUCUACCCCCAACGUGGGGCUUGAACUCCCCACCCCAAGAUCAAGAGUUGCAUGCUUUUUGAGUUUAGUUUUGAGGAAACUACUUCAACACUCAACAGUGCCACCUGCCUGCGGAUGAUAGCAUGAAAGGGCCACCAAAUCCCUAGACCAUCAGCCCCUUGUUGCGUGGCUUUUGGGAUAACAGUUGCCCUGUUCCUACGCUACAAAUCAUCCAGAAAGUAAAAUGCACAGAUGAGUCUCAAGAACCACAAUGAUGUGGCCAAAGCUGCCUGGCUGGACUGGCACAGCACCACCGUACCCUGAAAAAGGCACCGCCGAUAGCCCCAAGAAGGAGUGAAAGGUUCUAUGUAGUCAAUUCCCCCGGAGAGAACAGGGGCAACACUACCUACGCUGUGGCCUCCCUAGUCGUAGGACACACAGACGAACGUUCGGCAGGAGUCACAAGUUUGGCAGAGAGUGGUGGCCUCUGUACCAGAAGCCUAGAAUCUUCUACUUUGUGCCCACUCUAUGGUGGUGGACGUGUUGCGUAUGAUGAAAGACCCAGGAAGAAAUGGAGACAACCUGGGUGAUGCAGGACCGAUCAACAGCUUGAUUCUUUCCAGUCUUGUUAGAGAAUGGCCCAUAGCAUGGGCAGCUACAUGAGCGAUCUGUAUUGAGCAGCCGUGGUUUGUUUCCACAGUUAGCUGAAAGCAUUGCCAUGCGAAGCCCCCUAUUGGGCGGCAGGGUUACUAUCACUGGCAUUGACCUCACAUGUGCGGACUCCCUGACAUAGCAACCACAGCCACAUUGCUUUCUGGCUGCAGCUGCCAGGUUCAUACCCUUUGGCUAACCUGGGCCUGAGCUGGUCAGUCCAGCAAAAGGUUUGUCAAUUUUGUUGAUCUUUUCAAUGAACUAAUAUGUAGGUUAGUUGAUUUUUCUCUAAUCUUUACUGUAGCUUUUCUUUUGCUUGCUUUGGGUUUAGCUUAUUCUUCUUUCUCUAUUUCUUUAAAAAAAUUUUUUUAAUGUGUAUUUAUAUUUGAGAGAGAGAGAGAGAGGAAAACGCAAGUUGGGGAGGAACAGAGAGAGGGAGACACAGAAUGUGAAGCAGGCUCCAGGCCCAGAGCUGUCAGCACAGAGCCUGACGCGGGGCUCGAACUCAGGAGCCGUGAGAUCAUGACCUGAGCUCAAGUCGGAUGCUUAACCGACUGAGCCACCCUCUUUUUCUAUUUUCUUAAUGUGGAAGUUUAAGCUAUUGAUUUUAGAUCUUUUUUUUUUCUUUUUAAAUUGAAGGUUUUAGGGGUGCCUGGGUGGCUCAGUCGGUUAAGCGUCUGACUUUGGUUCAGGUCAUGAUCUCACGGCUCCUGAGUUUGAGCCCCGCGUCAGGCUCUGUGCUGACAGCUCAGAGCCUGGAGCCUGCUUCGGAUUCUGUGUCUCCCUCUCUCUCUGCCCCUCCCCUGCCUGCAUCCUCUCUCUUUCUCUCUCUUUCAAAAAUAAAUAAA